AGUUUGUACUUCCGGGUUGACUGUCAUGGCAGCGCCCUAUGGAAUGCACUCAUGAAUGUACUAGCAAACGAUAAGUGAAGCCCUUUCAUUAAAAGACCAAACCUAGCUAUAUUUCGCGGAGCAGAGGUCAGUCAUGAAUUUCAAAGAGGUGUUGAAGUGGAACACACGACUGUCUGCAGUGUACGCUGUCGGUAUCUGGACCAUGGUCGGUUCCUACGCGUACUUCAGAUACACAGGGCGCUUUAAGGACACGCCGGUGAAAGAAGAGGUGCCAGAGCCGGAAGAUCCAAACAAGGUCGUCUACCUGUCUGAUCACUCCAAAACUGUCAUCGUCUACAAGAAAGACUUUGUCCCGUACAGCACAAGGAUCUACAAUUUCAUCAAAUCCUUCAGCAGUCAACCUGGGAGUGGAGACGGUGACAAAUAGCUGCAUCAGUGCAAAGGACGGUGGACACUGAACUUGCUAAGUGCAAGUUUUUACAACGCACUAUGAAUGAAUGCUUCUGUGUGAGGACAUUGUCUUUAUUUGUAAAAUAAAUUCUAGUACACUGUCCAGGUUUGAGGAAGCUGCCGUUGUUUUUGGAUGCUAAUAAUCAGUCCCCAAAUAUAUUUCAUUAUGUCAACAGUAUUCAUUAGGCUAUUACUGUCGGAUUCAUCCAUACUAUUUCCAAAAUACAAAGUUGCCACAACUACUAUUGCUGUAUAAAUAAACCUAAUCUCUUCAUUAUGGAAGAGGCACUAUUA